AAUUAAAAAGUGUGAAGUGAAGUGUAUAGUGUCAUGUAUAGACUAUGCUGUGAUUGUGUCAGAAAAAUGAUUCUAAAAUUUAGCAUUAUACUUGUAAAAAUGUCGUAAUGUUUUGUCACCGUAUACCGUAUAGUAUAGAAGUAAACACUUUUGUAGAUGUUGAUUCAAAAAGUCUCUGUGGUAGACAUGAUAAUAAUUACGUUACUGGUCUCUAGUAAUCGAUCUUAGUUUGGAAAAUGAACGUUUUAGAGUUAUAUAGUGGCAUAGGAGGAAUGCAUUUAGCAUUACUAGAAAGUGGUGUGAAAGGCAACAUAGUGGCAUCUAUUGAAAUCAGUAAUGUUGCUAAUGAAAUUUACAAACUAAAUUUCCCCAAUACUCCCUUAUUCAAUUCCAAUAUUGAAGGAUUAACUCCAGAGUUUAUCGAAAAACUGAAUAUUGACACAAUUUUCAUGUCUCCCCCGUGCCAGCCAUUUACUCGAAACGGAUUACAGAAUGAUAUCAAGGAUCCCAGAACUGCAUCAUUUUUACACAUUUUAGAAAUUUUACCCGACCUGAAUAUACAAAAUAUACUUAUUGAAAAUGUAAAGGGGUUUGAAAAGUCCAUAAUGCGAGACAUGUUAGUGGACACAUUAACAAAAAGUAACUUCAUAUUUCAAGAAUUCAUUUUGAGCCCUCACCAAAUGGGGAUCCCCAACUCAAGGCAUAGAUAUUACUGUUUAGGGAAAAAGUUACCCAGUAGUUUUUCCUUCGAAAUAGAACCAAUGAUGGAAUCUUUUCCGGCAUUCAAAGUAGUACCUGAAUGUUAUUCCAUUGAAGAAAUAUUGGAAGCAGAUACAAACCAGAAAUAUUUGCUAUCUGAGAACAUAUUGAAUAAAAGAUUCAACGUUUUAGAUAUUUGUCAUAAAAAUUCUAGAAGAUCCUGCUGUUUCACGAAAGCUUACGGACGAUUUAUUGAAGGAACAGGGAGUGUCUUCACUCCUAGAAGUGAAAAAGAAGUGACAGAGAUAUAUACUUUGGCCAAAUCUUCAGAUUUAAACUCAGAUUCACGAUUGGAACUUUUGAAAUCGUUGCAGUUGAGAUUUUUUACUCCUAAGGAGAUAUGUAGGCUCAUGUGUUUUCCUGAUGAGUUUCAAUUUCCUGACUCUCUCAGUGAUAGAAGGAAAUACAUGGUUUUAGGAAAUAGUAUAAAUAUUAAAGUUGUAUCAGAGUUAAUAAAAAUAUUGAAUAGUUCAGGUGAUUUGAAUUUUCUGUAACAUCAGCUAGAAGAA